ACCCGGGACCCCCCCUCCUCCCCCAAGGCCGGGGCCGGCGCCCCAGGGUCCCCCAGCAGCCGGUGGCCUUGGGGGCACGGGGGGGCGAGGAGGGGGGCUGGCGGGACCCCCCCCCCCGGCUCCCCUCCAUCGCCGGGGUCCUGCCUGUGGGGAGCGAAACCCUUCGGCUCUCCCCCCCCUUUCCCUCCCCUCCCUCCUCCCUCCCUCCUUCCUUCCUUCCUUCUCCGGGCUUGUCCCGGGGCGGGAGGGGGGCUCUGCCUGCAGUCCGCCUUCACGCCUGCCCGCCCGGGCGACGCUGGGCUCCCGCCUGCCCCUGGCCCCCCCCUCCCCGGCAGCCCCCCCGGCCGCCCCCCGCGCCCCCCGGCCAGGUGAGGCUGCGCUGCCGUCCCUCUCGGAUGUAGGCAGGCGAGACCCCGGAUGGAUUUCGGGAGCGUCAUGAACCAGGCUGCCACCCCGUGCUCCCCCGCUGUCAACUAUGAGUUGCCGUCCCCAGGGGAGAGCAUCACCCAGCAGGCGGACACCCCGGACACCACGAAAUCCCCCAGGAGCGGGCAGUCACGCCGCAAAACGUCCAGGAGCAUGAGCGUGACGGCGGCGAUGGAGAGCAGCUGUGAGCUGGACCUGGUGUACAUCACGGAGCGCAUCAUCGCCGUCUCCUACCCCAGCGCGGCCGAGGAGCAGAGCUUCCGCAGCAACCUCCGCGAGGUGGCCCACAUGCUGAAGUCCAAGCACGGGGACAACUACGUGCUUUUCAAUCUAUCCGAGCGGAGACAUGACAUCAGCAAGCUUCACCCCAAGGUGCUGGAUUUCGGCUGGCCCGACCUGCACACCCCGGCGCUGGAGAAGAUCUGCAGCAUUUGCAAAGCCAUGGACACGUGGCUCAACGCGGCGGGUCACAACGUGGUGGUGCUGCACAACAAGGGGAACCGCGGCCGGCUGGGGGUGGUGGUGGCAGCCUACAUGCACUACAGCAACAUCUCGGCCAGCGCCGACCAGGCUCUGGACCGGUUUGCCAUGAAGCGCUUCUACGAAGACAAGGUGGUGCCGGUGGGACAGCCCUCCCAGAGGAGGUACAUCCACUACUUCAGCGGGCUGCUGUCGGGCAGCAUCAAGAUGAACAACAAGCCCCUCUUCCUCCACCACGUCAUCAUGCACGGCAUCCCCAACUUCGAGUCCAAAGGCGGUUGCCGGCCCUUCCUGAAGAUCUACCAGGCCAUGCAGCCCGUCUACACCUCGGGGAUCUACAACGUGCAAGGGGACAGCCAGACGGGCAUCUGCAUCACCAUCGAGCCCGGGCUGCUGCUGAAGGGCGAUAUCUUGCUCAAGUGCUACCACAAGAAGUUUCGCAGCCCGACCCGCGACGUGAUUUUCCGCGUGCAGUUCCACACGUGCGCCGUGCACGACCUGGACAUCGUCUUCGGCAAGGAGGACCUGGACGAGGCGUUCAGAGAUGACCGCUUCCCUGAGUACGGGAAGGUGGAGUUCGUGUUCUCCUACGGCCCCGAGAAGAUCCAAGGCAUGGAGCACCUGGAGAACGGGCCCAGCGUCUCCGUGGACUACAACACCUCCGACCCGCUCAUCCGCUGGGACUCCUACGAGAACUUCAACAUCCAGCGCGAGGACAGCGCCGAGGGAGCCUGGGCCGAGCCGCCGCUGCCUGCCAAGCACCUGGAGAAAGAGGUUGGGCACACGCAAGGGCCCCUGGACGGGAGCCUCUACGCUAAAGUGAAGAAGAAAGACUCCCUGCACGGCAGCACCGGCGCCGUCAACGCCGCCCGCCUCCCUCUUUCGGCAACUCCCAACCACGUCGAGCACACGCUGUCGGUGAGCAGCGACUCGGGCAACUCCACCGCCUCCACCAAGACCGACCGGACGGAUGAGCCGGGGGCGCCCGGGGCGCCCGGCGGCCACGCGGUGCUGAGCCCCGAGGAGAAGCGGGAGCUGGACCGUCUCCUCGUCGGCUUCGGCUUGGAGAGCGCGGCGCCCAUGCACAACCACGUGCCCGGCCCCGUGCCCGCACGCGCGCCCGCCGUGCCGGGCCGCCACGUGGUGCCGGCCCAGGUGCACGUCAACGGCGGCGCCGCGCCGCUGGUGGCCGAGCGGGAGACGGAUAUCUUGGACGACGAGCUGCCCAACCAGGACGGGCACAGCGUGGGCAGCCUGGGCACGCUCUCCUCCCUGGACGGCACCACCACCGCCAGCGAGGCCGGGUACCACGAGGCGCCGCGCGUGGGCAGCCUCUCCUCCCUGCCCAACGGGCCGGCGAGCUACAACGGGGCCGAGAAGAUGCUCAAGGAGGGGCUUUAUGAGGCUGAGCCGCUCUCCAACGGCACCUACCCCUACGGCAACCAGAACGCCCUGGUGGGACACCACCUCCGUGACCCGCUGGCUCACUUGCGGCCCUCGGCGUCUGCGCAGGAGCACCUGGCUGCGUACCCGCAGCGGCCACCGGCCACGGCCUCCCCAGGCUGGCUGCAGCCUGUGGCGCCCCAGCCCUACCUGUACGGCUACGACCUCCCCGGUGCCCACCGCUCGCAGUCCUUCCCGGCCGUUGGGACGGCCAAAUAUGAAGUGAACCCGGCGCUGCCACAAGCCCCGGCUCGCAGCACCAGCAGCCGGGAGGCCGUGCAGCGGGGCUUGAAUUCCUGGCAGCAGCAAGGUGGCAGCCGGCCCCCUUCCCGGCUGCAGGACGGCGGCUUGGAGAGCCACAGCCCCAGCCUGUCCAGCUGCAGCCCCCAGCCCAGCCCGCUGCAGCCGGUGCCCCCGCACAGCCACAGCAUGCCCGAGUUUCCCCGGGCGCCCUCCCGCCGGGAGAUCGAGCAGUCCAUCGAAGCGCUCGACGUCCUCAUGCUGGACCUGGCGCCCGCUGUCCACAAGUCGCAGAGCGUCCCCGCGGCCGCCCGCCCGGACAAGCCGGCCGCCUUGCUCUCCUCGCUCUCGGCACAGCCACUUGCCAGCCACUACGCCCAGCCGGCCCCGCAGGUGGCCCAGCCGAGGUCCUUCGGCACCCCCGUGGGCUCCGAUCCCCUGGCCAAAGCCUACUCCCCCGGCCCGCUAGCUCCCAUGGGACGAGGCACGAUGGAGCCAGACUACACCGUGCACGAGUACCGGGAAACCUAUACACCCUACAGCUACCAGCCGGUGCCGGAGCCGAGGAGUUACGGCCACGCCGUUGCGCCGGCGAGCGUCCUCCCGCUCAGCACCUCGUAUAGCCCCGUGGGGUCCCAGCAGCUCCUCGUCUCCUCCCCGCCGUCCCCCACUGUCCCCGCACCGAGCCAGAUGCCCCCCAAGGGACUGGAGAGCUACGAAGACCUGUCGAGAUCAGCAGAAGAACCCUUGAAUCUGGAGGGCCUGGUGGCCCACAGGGUGGCAGAGUACAACGCCAAGCUCAGGGACCUCAACAAGAGCACCAAAGCCCCCCGUCCUCCUCUGAAACAGCAACGGUCCUUCUCCUCCUCCGGGGUGCAGUCCCGGGAGAAGCCCCCGGAGGAGAGCUCCGUCCCUGCCCGACGGCGGACCCCCAGCGACAGCCACUAUGAGAAGAGCUCGCCGGAGCCCAGCUCGCCCCGCAGCCCCACCGUCCUCUCGCCCGAGGUGGUCAGCACCAUCGCGGCCAACCCCGGAGGGAGGCCCAAGGAGCCUCACCUCCACAGCUACAAGGAAGCCUUCGAGGAGAUGGAUGGUGCCUCCCCCAGCAGCCCAACCUCUGGCGGCGGUGAGAUUUCUCCCCCCACCCCAGCCUUCCCCGUCUCGCCACAAACCCCUUACUCUGACCCCCUGCGCUCUCCGCCCGGCCUGGCCAAGACCCCGCUCUCAGCGCUGGGGCUGAAACCCCAUAACCCGGCCGAGAUCCUGCUGCACCCGGUGGGAGAGCUAGAAGGGGAGGCGGGAGCUGCCUCCGAAGAAGAGCCCAGGAGCUAUGUCGAGUCGGUGGCCCGGACGGCCACGACGGGCAGGGGGGGCACCCUGCCAGCGGCCCAGCCUGGGGGCCUGGAGGUGCCCGCCAGGAACGGCGCCUUCGGCAACUCCUUCACCGCCCCCAGCCCCGUCUCCACCAGCAGCCCCAUUCACAGCGUGGACGGUGCCUCCCUCCACAGCUACCCCUCAGAGGGCAGCCCCCACGGCACGGUGACACCUCCACACGCCGCGGCCGAGCCAGCGUACCGGUCGCCCGUCGUCUCGCAGCCGCCCUCCGCUCACAGCGGCUACCAAACCUCGUCUCCAUCAUCCUUCCAAGUGGCCACCCCGGGCUCGCUGUACGCCAGCCCCGACUACCCCGACAGCCGAGCCGGCUUCCAGCCAGACCCCCAAACGCGGCCGCAGCAGCAGGUCAGCAUGGUGGGCGUCCAUGCGCUGCCGGGGAGCCCCCGCACCCUCCACCGGACAGUGGCUACCAACACGCCUCCCAGCCCUGGCUUCGGGCGAAGAGCUGUCAACCCUGCUGUCGGUGGUGCUCCCGGCAGCCCCGGGCUGGGCCGGCACGCCGUGGCCCCUCACGGCAACCUGGCCGUGCCGCCGGGGAGCCCCAGCCUCGCCCGGCACCAGGCGGCAGCGGCGGCCGUGCCACCAGGCAGCCCCGUGUACGGCUACGCCAGCCCGGAGGAGAGGCGCCCGACGCUGUCCCGGCAGAGCAGCUCAUCCGGCUACCAGCCUCCCUCCACGCCGUCCUUCCCCGUCUCGCCGGCGUACUACCCGGGCACCAGCACGCCGCACUCCUCCUCGCCGGACUCGGCCGCCUACCGGCAGGGCAGCCCCACGCCGCAGCCGGCGCUGCCCGAGAAGAGGCGGAUGUCAGCCGGGGAGCGCUCCAACAGCCUGCCCAACUACGCCACGGUCAACGGCAAGGCCUCCUCGCCUCUCUCCAGUGGCAUGUCCAGCCCCAGCAGCGGCAGCGCCGUGGCUUUCUCCCACACCCUGCCGGAUUUCUCCAAGUUUUCCAUGCCAGACAUCAGCCCCGAGACUCGUGCCAACGUCAAGUUUGUGCAGGACACUUCCAAGUACUGGUACAAGCCGGAGAUCUCCAGGGAGCAAGCCAUCGCGCUGCUGAAGGACAGGGAGCCGGGGGCUUUCAUCAUCCGGGACAGCCACUCCUUCCGGGGAGCCUACGGCCUCGCCAUGAAAGUAGCCUCCCCGCCUCCCACGGUCAUGCAGCAGAACAAGAAAGGAGACAUCACCAACGAGCUGGUGAGACAUUUCCUCAUCGAGACCAGCCCGCGGGGUGUGAAACUAAAAGGAUGCCCCAACGAGCCUAAUUUUGGCUGCCUCUCGGCUCUGGUCUACCAGCACUCCAUCAUGCCCUUGGCCCUGCCCUGCAAGCUGGUCAUUCCUGACCGAGAUCCCAUGGAGGAAAAGAAAGAUGCCGCGUCUGCCACCAACUCGGCCACAGACCUUCUCAAACAGGGUGCGGCCUGCAACGUCCUCUUCAUCAAUUCGGUGGAGAUGGAGUCGCUCACGGGCCCCCAGGCCAUCUCCAAGGCUGUAGCUGAGACGCUGGUGGCCGACCCCACGCCCACUGCGACGAUCGUCCACUUCAAAGUCUCUGCGCAAGGCAUCACCUUAACUGACAACCAGAGGAAGUUGUUCUUCCGACGGCACUACCCUCUCAACACCGUCACCUUCUGCGACCUGGACCCCCAGGAACGAAAGUGGACUAAAACUGACGGCAGUGGCCCAGCCAAGCUCUUUGGCUUCGUGGCCAGGAAGCAAGGGAGCACCACGGACAACGUCUGCCACCUCUUCGCGGAGCUGGACCCGGACCAGCCGGCUGCAGCCAUCGUCAACUUUGUCUCCAGGGUCAUGCUUGGCUCCGGCCAGAAAAGAUGAGCCGGCGCUUGCGGGUGAUUCUUGAAUUUUGGAGAAGGACUUGGAGCUGAUCCGAGAAGGAGUGCGAGGAAGUGCAUUGUGGGAGAGGGAAGUGAAUCGGGGGGGGGGGAAAGGGUUGGAAUUUUGGAGGAAAACAGCAAACAACAGCAACGAAAAAAAAAAAAAAAAGAACAAAA